AUGGGGCGGCAAUGGCAUGCUGCCAUGUCGCUGUUGAAAGACACAAGUCCACUACGGCUGCAUCUCAUAGUGGCUUUCAAUACUGCCUUGGCCUCUCUUUCAAUGCAUUCUUCUCGGCGGCAAAGCAUUUGCAGAUUGUUUCAGGCAAGACGCCAGUUCAAGCCCAGCAUCGUAAGCUUCAACACAGCAACACAUGCGUUAAGCACAUUUCAAAUAGAGAAAUCUUUGGAGAUGUUCCGUUUGGGCCAUUUGGGCUUGAGGCUGAGCACUCUGAGCUACAACACGAUAAUCAGUGCAUGCAGAGACGCGCAGUAG